AUGGUCAACGUGACUGCCUUUCCUGCGGCCGUCGUGGCCUGCUUUGCCUCAUUUGGCGCAGCGAGGAACUGCACGCCCGACCUCUACUACUGCGGUAGCUCUCUUCUGGAUAUCGGCAACUACAACGACUAUAUUGAAGACACCCUCGCCGCCACCAAGCAAGGCAUCUGCGCCGACCGAAGGCAUGUCAAGAAUUCUCUGUUCUACUGUGCGCCUGGUACAAAUGGAGAUAUCAAGUACAAGGAUUAUUGCUCCAAGGGCUACAAGAAUAUGGGCGUUGAUAAGAGUGACAAGGGUUAG